AGUUUUUGUUUCACAGAGUUAUUAACACAAAUGUUCGAAGCGUUGCUAUGACAUUUUCCGCUGACUUAUCAUAACAAUUAAACCGGAACUCGCUUCAUGUACGCAAUAUUUUAUACGACAGAAGGCUGUAGUGUAGAAAAAAUCAAGCCAUGGUAAAGAUACAUGUGAAACGUGGAGAUGACAGCCAGUUUCUUUAUGAAGCAACUUUGGAGACUCCAAUGUCUGAUAUUUUGAAGGAUUGUGCUACUAUAUACAAUGGCCGUCUGAAAGUGGAUAGAAUUUGUGGCGAAAUGGAAGAGUUAGUCAAACAUGGAGUCUCUCUGCCACCAAAUAUGCAAGGCCUGACAGAUGAGCAAAUUGAGGAACUCAAAUUAAAAGAUGAAUGGGGUGAAAAAUGUCAACCAAGUGGUGGAGUUAAAUUUAACAAAGACACAAUAGGAUGUCGCAAUGGACAGGCACCAACUCCAAAGAUGGCAGAAGUAUUGACAAAAACUAUAAAAGAGGCAAAAGAUAUGAUAUCAAAGAAAAAGGUAGAAGCGGAUGUUCUGGUAACCCAGAAAACAGUCCAGGAUGCACUAGACAUUCUACGCGGUGCUGUGAUGAUUGUUUACCCGAUGGGUUUGCCUCCCCAUGAACCAAUCAGACAAGAGAUGGAGAACACUGAGGACCUCUCUGGGAAACAGGCCUCACUUGAAGUGAUAGACAUUGAACAGGCCUCUUUGUGGUGGGCAGGGAAAGAAUUGUUACCCAACAAGAAACUGGGAGACUUUGUCGGAAAGAAUGAGAAAACCAAAAUUGUGGCCAAAAUUCAGAAGAAAGGUCAUGGUGCCCCAUCUCGAGAGCCUGUGGUUAGUCCAGAAGAGCAGAAGAACAUGAUGGCUUACUACUAUAAGAAACAAGAAGAAAUGAAGAGAUUGGAGAAGGAAGAAGAUGAUGCAUAUAUGAAUGCCGAAUGGGCUGACCAGCAUCAGUUGAAACGCCAAUUUCAAGGACUUAAUAAUAUCAAAUGGGGUCCAAGAUGACCUCCUUGUCUCUUUGUAUAUAUUUUUUUGAUUUUUCACUUGUAUGAAUGCUCGCCACUUUAUUCUCACAUCCACGUUGAAUCCCAUCCAACUUAAAAUCAAUUUUUUUCUUCUUUAAAACUUAUUUAAAUGAAAUUUUUCUGACACAAUUGGGUUUGCUUGAGUACUAGAGUAAUUGUUUUGUACAUUUGUUCUGACCUUUUAGACAUCUUAUUGAAGCUUAAAAACUGCAACCUGUUGUGUUCAUUACUCAACCAUUGUUUUUACUUUAUAAAAGCAAUUUUAAUAAACAAAUGUAUUAAAUAUUA